UCCUUUCACCUCAGUGUAAACGGAAGUAAACAGUGACCAAGGAAAUUUUCACGUUACAGUUUUUAUUUUUGUUAUUUAUACAGUUUUUGAAACCAUGGAACUCUAAAUAUGACUCGUUUAACUGCACAGCAUCACAUACUUACCCCAUGUAGUCUUUAAUUCGCUUUGCAAACAGGACUUGGUUGUUAAAUGUUAUCUAGGUAACGCUAGCUAGCUGCUAAGGGUUAACUAACAAUGGCUAACGGUAUGGUUUUUCACACUCAGAUUGCCUCCAUCAUGGAGGUGCUAGCGAAUGCAGCCGUGGCAGAGGUCUGCAAACUCGUAGAUGACGACUAUGCAGUGUUUCGUUUGGAAAUAACUCAAAGCCAGAAAGAAAACAGGGGAUUGCGGAGGAAACUACAGCUACUGGAACUGAAGGUGGCACGGGAGCGCGCAGAGAGGACAAUGCGAGAGCGCGUCCACGCCAGUCCCAGAAGUGUCAAGAUCGUCGACGCAUACAGAGGAAUGGCAAGAGGUGAAGGACAUCUCACUGGAGGCCACAGGAGCUUUGUGAAGCCAGGGGGGCACAAUACAUGGAUAGAUGACCAACCAAUAACUGUUGAUGAGGAGAUUGGAACCUCAACCCAGCACAUUAUCUUGAUAGAGGCUGCAGGUCCUGGGGUCAAGCAGGAGAGGUCUGAAGGAGAGGACCCACAGCACAGCAGAGACAUCCAGAUUGGAGCGCCCCCUGAAUCCACGGAGGACCUCGCCGCCACGCCCCAGCCCAAGACCCGACGCAGCAUCACGGAGGAGGAGGAGAGACCAGAGGUGCUGCUGGUAAAGGAGGAGGAGGGGUGUGAGGAGGGUCUGGGGAACCCUGAGGGGAACAUGGUCAUGGAGGACAACCAGACUACACCUCCUCCUGAACCCACAGAGGAACCAGCUGAGCAGCACAGGACCACACACAGUCUCACUGAGUCAGUAGACAUGGAGGAUGGGAAGCCUGAUCUGCUGCUGGUCAAAGAGGAGACAAUAGAAGAUGGACCAGAGAGCAUUGACCUGCUGAGUGGACUAAAGAUGGGGGAGCAAGGUGGUUGGCUGGGGGCUAAAAGAGGAGAUUGGGCGGCCAUCUUCGAUUCCCAGACCCAGACAGGUGCAACCAAGGGCCCAGGGGACGACAUCACUGAGCAGGCCAGGACCAGAGGCGACAUAGUGGAGUCAGUAGACAUGGAGGAAUGGAAGCCUGAUCUGCUGCUGGUCAAAGAGGAGACCAUAGAAGAUGGACCAGAGAGCAUUAUUCUGCUGAGUGGACUAAAGAUGGGGGAGCAAGGUGGUUGGCUGGACGAUAACAGAGGAGACUGGGUGGCCAUCUUGGAUUCCCAGACCCAGAAGGGUGCAGCCAAUGGCCAAGCGGAGGUCAGUGGAUGGGACAACGUCCUCAUCUCUGGGCUGGGGAACAACACUGUUAACCACAACCAGAAACAGACAGUCAAAAACAAAACAACAUCCAAACUUAGUCUCCAUGACAACAGACUGGCUGAGACGAGGGCGAGGUGUAGAUUUGGUCUGCGGGUGCGGGGAGGUGUCCGUAUGCGGCUGGAGAGGACAGACUCUGGUAGCGAUGCUCCGUCCUGCUCCUAUAGUUUUGAUUCAGAGAGACUGAUGGCACCUCAGGUUAACCCCCUAACAGGUGCUGCCUUCAGCCUGCCUUCUAUAGGAUCUAUCAACUGGAACAUGGACCCUGGGACAACACAGACACUCCCUGGCCGUCCUCCUCACACUCUCCUAAUGUUAAACCAGACCUCAGACAAUGCCAGUGCCUCAACACUAAAUGGAUACACAAGCCCGAUGACAAAUGACAGUAGUAGUAACGAUAUCAGUAGAUCCAGUGGCGAAGAGAAGCGCUUCCCAUGUUUAUUCUGUGGGAAAGCCUUCAGUUUCCCCAAACAGGUGGAGAUCCACCAGAGGAUGCACACGGGUGAGAAACCAUUCAGCUGCCACCUUUGCCAGGCCAGUUUUUCACACUCAUCCAGUCUGAAGAGGCACCAGAGGAUGCACACUGGGGAGAAGCCAUUUGGCUGCCACCUGUGCCGGGCCAGUUUUUCCCACUCAUUCAACCUGAAGAGGCACCAAAGGGUCCACACAGGGGAGAAACCAUACAGCUGCCCCCAGUGUGAGAAGAGGUUCUCCCACCAGCACCGGCUGAAGAUGCACCUGAAGGUCCACACAGGAGAGAGUCCGUUUGCCUGUACGCAGUGCGGGAAGAGGUUCUCAGAGAGGAGCUGCCUCAGGAUACACCAGCAGAAAAUGCACACAGCCCAUGUAUAGAGUAUAGUGACAUCACCAUCUAACUGAGCAGCAGCAGUUAGGUAGAGCUCCUCAUACAAUUGUAUUAUUUUUGUUCAAUUAUUUUGUAUUUUGUUUAUAUGUAGUGCUGUGUUCUCCACAUCUGGAGAUAUUAGUAGAUGUUUUUCCUUUGAGAACAUUGUUUGAUUUUGAGAGAGAUUGAUCAACCUGGCUCUAAAGGCUCGCUAGUCUACUAAGUUAUCUUGAUCAUCUGGCAAGAAGCAACAAGGGCAGGAUUGAGGGACUAGGGCAUCAGGACAACGAGAAGAAGGAUGAGGAGAAAUAGAGGAUAAAACCAACAGAAAAAGGAAUUGAUUUGGAGGAUUUCUAAAGGAAAGACAGUAUUGGAAAGUCAACAAACAAACAAAAACACACAUAUCAUCCUGACCAACUUGCCCUCUAAAUACACCUCUGCUGUCUUCAACCAGGAUCUCAGCGAUCACUGCCUCAUUGCCUGCGUCCGUAAUGGGUCCGCGGUCAAAAGACCACCCCUCAUCACUGUCAAAUGCUUCCUAAAACACUUCAGUGAGCAGGCCUUUCUAAUCAAUCUGGCCCGGGUAUCCUGGAAGGAUAUUGACCUCAUCCCGUCAGUAGAGGCUGCCUGGUUGCUCUUUAAAAGUGCUUUCCUCACCAUCUUAAAUGAGCAUGCCCCAUUCAAAAAAUGUAGAACUAAGAACAGAUAUAGCCCUUGGUUCACCCCAUACUUGACUGCCCUUGACCAGCACAAAAACAUCCUCUGGCGUACUGCAUUAGCAUCGAAUAGCCCCCGCGAUAUGCGGCUUUUCAGGGAAGUCAGGAACCAAUAUACACAGUCAGUUAGGAAAGCUAAGGCUAGCUUUUUCAAACAGAAAUGUGCAUCUAGCAGCACCAAUUCCAAAAAGUUUUGGGACACUGAAAAGUCCAUGGAGAAUAAGAGCACCUCCUCCCAGCUGCCCACUGUUCUGAGGCUAGCAAACACUGUCACCACCGAUAAAUCUUCGAUAAUCGAUCAUUUCAAUAAGCAUUUUUCUACGGCUGGCCAUGCUUUCCACCUGGCUACCCCUACCCUGGCCAACUGCGCUGCAACCCCCGCAGAAACUUACCCAAGUCUCCCCCGCUUCUCCUUCGCCCAAAUCCAGACAGCUGAUGUUCUGAAAGAGCUGCAAAAUCUGGAUCACUACAAAUUAGCUGGGCUAGACAAUCUGGACCCUUUCUUUCUAAAGUUAUCCAACAAAACUGUUGCAACCCCUAUUACCAGCCUGUUCAACCUCUUUUGUAUCGUCUGAGAUCCCCAAAGAUUGAAAAGCUGCCACGGUCAUCACCCUCUUCAAAGGGGGAGACACUCUAGACCAAAACUGUUAUAGACCAAUAUCCAUCCUGCCCUGCCUUUCUAAGGUCUUCGUAAGACAAGAUAAUAAACAGAUCACCGACCAUUUCGAUUCCCAACAUACCUUCUCUGUAGCCUCCAACACUACUCAGCAAAUUGGAUGUAGUCUAUCACAAUGCCAUCCGUUUUGUCACCAAGCCCCAUAUACUACCCACCACUGUGCCCUGUAUGCUCUCGUUGGCUGAACCUCGCUACAUAUUCGUUGCCAAACCCACUGGCUACAGGUCAUCUAUAAGUCUUUUCUAGGUAAAGCCCCGCCUUAUAUCAGCUCACUGAUCACCAUAGCAACACCCACCCGUAGCAUGCGCUCCAGCAGGUAAAUUUCACUGCUCAUCCCCAAAGCCAACACCUCUUUGGCCGCCUUUCUUUCAAGUUCUCUGCUGUCAAUGACAAGAACGAAUUGCAAAAAUCAUUGAAGCUGGAGACUUAUAUCUCCCACUCUAACUGUAAGCAUCAGCUGUCAGAGCAGCUUACUGAUCACUGUACCUGUACACAGCCCAUCUGUAAAUAGCACAACCAACUACCUCAUCCCCAUAUUGUUAUUUAUUUAUUUUUGCUCUUUUGCACCCCAGUAUCCCUACUUGCACAUCUAUCACUCCAGUUCUAAUGCUAAAUUGUAAUUAUUUCGCCUCUAUGGCCUAUUUAUUGCCUUACCUCCCUAAUCUCACUACAUUUGCACACACUGUACAAAUAUUUUUUUGUGUUAUUGACUGUAUGUUUGUUUAUCCCAUGUGUAACUCUGUGUUGUAGUUUUUGUCACACAUUUUUGCUUUAUCUUGGCCAGGUCAAAGUUGUAAAUGAGAACUUGUUCUCAACUGGCCUACCUGGUUAAAUAAAGGUCAAAUAAUAAAACAAUUAAAAAUAAAUAGCAGGACAGGCUCAUUGUAAUGGCUGGAAUGGCAUACAUGGAACGGUAUCAAACAUAUGGAAGCCACGUUUGACUCCGUUCCUUUCAUUCCAUUCCAGCCAUUACAAUGAGCUUGUCCUCAUAUAGCUCCUCACCAGCCUCCACUGACAUGCAUCAAUACUCAAAUUCUAAAAAUAGCAAUAGUAGCAAGAGCUUGGCAUAUUCCAUUUGAUCUAUCAGCAGAAAAAAAAUCUGACCAUUAUAAACAAACUAAAACUGCUGAGGGAAAAUCAAGAGACAUUGUUGGCUGAUUACACCCUAAUUGGAGACUGUUGACAAUGUUGACAUCAGCUAACCGAUCAGCUAACAUGAUGCCAUACACGCUGUCUGCCAUCUGCCCGGUACAAUUGAAACCAGGAUUAAUCCGUGAAGAGCACACUUCUCCUGGGUGCCAGUGGCCAAUUGCGGAGGUGAGCAUUUGCCCACUGAAGUCAGUUACGAGGCCGAACUGAAGUCAGGUCAAGACCCUGGUGAGGACAACAAGCAUGCAGAUGAGCUUCCCUGAGAUGGUUUCUGACAAUUAGUGCAGAAAUUCUUCAGUUGUGCAAACCCACAGUUUAAUCAUCUGUCCAGGUGGCUGGUCUCAGACCAACCCGCAGGUGAAGAAGCCAGAUGUGGAGGUCCUGGGCUCGUGUGGUUACACAUGGUCUGCGGUUGUGAGGCCAGUUGGACGUACUGCAAAAUUCUUUAAAAACGACAGAUGUGGUUUAUGAUAGAGAAACAAACAUUAAAUUCUCUGGCAACAGCUCUGGUGGACAUUCCUGCAGUCAGCAUGCCAAUCCAAUCGCACGCUUCCUGUAAAACUUGAGACAUUGGUGGCAUUGUGUUGUGUGACUGGCCUUUUAUUGUCCCCAGCACAAGGUACACCUGUGUAAUGAUCAUGAUGUUUAAUCAGCUUCUUGAUAUGCCACACCUGUCAGGUGGAUGGAUUAUCUUGGAAAAUAAGACAUGCGCACUAACAGAGAUAUAAACCAAUUUUUGCACAAAAUUUUAGAGAAAUAAGCUUUUUCUGCGUAUGGAACAUUUCUGGGAUCUUUUUUUCCAGCUCAUGAGAAAUGGGACCAACACUUUACAUGUUGCGUUUAUAUUUUUGUUCAGUAUAUUCUUUAAAGAACAAGUUAACUAGUGACUUUCAGCAUGCGUUUAGGGAAGGGCAUUCAACUUGUACUGCAGUGACUCAGAUGACUGAGGAUUGGCUAAAAUAAAUGGAUAACAAGAUAAUAGUUGGAGUUGUAUUAGAUUUCAGUGCAGCAUUUGAUGUUAUUGAUGAUAAUUUGUUAUUGAAAAAACAAACUUGAUAUUGCUUUACAUCACUUGCCAUCACAUGGUUGGAGAGUUACUUAUCCAAUUGAACUCAACGGAAGCUUCUCUAACAUCAGAUAUGUACAGUGCGGUGUCCCUCACGGCAGUUGCCUUGGGCCGUUACUCUUCUCUAUUUUUACAAAUGAUUUGCCACUUGUCUUACAAGAGGCAAAAAUGACUAUGUAUGCUGAUGAUUGCACACUCUACACAUCAGCACCUACAGCCAGUGAGCUCACUGAGACUCUUAGCAAGGUGUUACAGUUAGUGUCAGAAUGGGUAAUUAACAAACUGGUCUUAAAUACAUCUAAAACCAAAAGCAUUCUCUUAGACCUAAACCUCAACUGGAGUUGUGCAUAAAGGGUGCGACUAUUGGACAAUU